CGUAAACUAAGACAUACACUUACAUCUAGAUCUAGAAUCUCUAGAUCUAUAUUUUUUAUCAUCUAUAGAUCUAUAUGAAAGUAGAUCAUUGGUUCUAAUUUUUUUUUUGUUCUUAAACAAUUGAAAAGGUUGCAAAAUUCUUGUAAUUUCAACAAGGCUCUAAACUAAACUUACUUAAGUCUAACUAACCCUCCUAAAGGUUAGCCUAAAGAAAAGUAGUAAACUCAAAACUGUAAGUGUAAAGACAAAGUUGAAAGUACUAGACUCUAACUAAAGAGUAAAGUAAAGCCAGAAAAGUAUACAAGUACUAAAAUGACUACAUUUUGGAAGUUAGCUGUCUUCAUAUUUUAUUGUUCUUGCUUCUACACUGUUCAUUGUACUCUCUCUAAAAGCCAACGAGGAAAGAAAAAGAAAGAAUCAAAGGUAGAAGUAGCAGAUAAGAAUGUUGUAGACAGAGGCCUUGUCUCUGUGAAUCCAUCCAUUAGAGACAUCAUCAGGGAGCAUUCUUUAUACUUUGACAGAGAUAGGGAGGUGAAAAAUUUUGAAGGUGAAACGCUGGCAUACGUUACACCGUGGAACAAUCAUGGGUAUGAUAUAGCUAAACUUUUUGGUGCCAAGUUUAAUUACGUCUCACCAGUGUGGCUUCAGAUCAAACGUCAGCCUGGCGGUGCUUUCUAUAUUCAAGGAACUCAUGAUGUGGAUAAAGGCUGGAUUACUGAUGUUGUACAAGGUCGCAAGACUAGCCUAGUUCCGAGAAUACUGUUUGAUGGUUGGAGCACUGAGGACUACAAUGCUCUGUUUAAGAGUGAAGAUCUUAUGGAAGACUGUAUUGAAACUAUUGUCAAUACACUCAAGACAUACAAGUGGCCAGGAGCUGUUAUUGAGGUCUGGUCCCAGCUUGGUGGCAAUCAAAGAAAAGAACUGGUUCAUCUAAUUAACCAUAUGGGAGAAAUGUUCCAUGCAGCUAAGAAAGAGUUGAUCAUUGUCAUACCACCUCCACUGUAUGGAAGAGAUGUUGAUGGCCUAAUCAGCAAGCAGGAUGUAGAUGCCAUGGCCAAUAAUGUAGACAAAUUCAGUUUAAUGACUUAUGAUUUUUCUGGUCCAAGCAGGCCAGGUCCUAAUAGCCCUUUACUUUGGGUAAAAGACUGUAUUUUAAAGUUGGCACCAGAAGCUGAUUCCCCAAUCAGGAAAAAACUUUUAGUUGGUCUCAAUUUUUACGGACUCCGCUACAUGGUGAACAAAGAUGGUACUUUGAUGAAUGGAGAACAUGUUAUAGGUUCACAAUUUAUUGAUUACCUGAAGAAGGCCAAGUCUGCUCAUGCCCAUUGGAACUCUCAGGCAGAUGAACAUAGUUUUGAAUAUAAUGAUGCUAAAGGAAAAUUCAGCAUUGUUUAUCCAUCGUUGAAAUCGAUACAAGAUCGCCUUAAUUUAGCCAGGGAGCUGGGCACUGGAAUAUCAAUCUGGGAAAUAGGUCAAGGGUUAGAUUAUUUUUAUGAUUUACUGUAACCUUUGUUAGUUUGAAAUUAUGUUAAUGACCAAGAUUAGUAUGUUGAGUUGAAUGUGUCUUGCCAACUAUGUAUUAUUUAUAAAUUAUAAAUGUGGUGUAAGGACGUGAUAUGGGAGAGAAGUGAGAAGAAAGUGGUACAAUUGGGAACUGUUGAUUGCUGUCUCUUAUCUGACUCUAAGGAUCAAAUUGUUGUUGUUCUUAAGCUUUACACGUCAAUGUAACAUAUCAAUAGGCUACACUAGUUCAUCUUUAACUACUGUGACACUCCGAUAACUUGCAUAGAUCUUUGAUCAGGGAAAAGGAUCUACAAUACUCUGUAGCUGUCUGUGUAUGUAGAGAAUAAAGUCAUUCCAAUGAUGGUUGGUUGAUGUGUGACUCUCUUGUAUGUACAUUUGUAUAUUGUAGGUGAAAUGAAAGUCUGAAUUUUGAUAGCUAGUUAUUUUGCCAACAUUUCGAUGAGAUACCAUGUCUUUUAAAUGCUUGACUUCACCUGUCCUAUUGACCGUCUGAAGCCAUAUGUUGUUUUUUUUUUGUCCCUUGAUUCUUUAUCUAUAGGGUCUUGCCAGUGACUCUCAUUCCUUACUUGAUGUUGUUUUCUCAUCCCAUCAUUUAUUUGUUUCCUUACUCUUUUUACCCAGGAAGAGAUUUUUUUAAAGCUCCACACUUUAUGUGUGCUCAAUUCUAUUUUUUUUAAGAUAGUGAGUUUUAGUCCUACUGUGAUCAUUUCAUAAAUUAGAUUAUGUUUACAUUUUUAAAAGAACAGCUUCAAAGACUUA